UGUUAUUGUUUUCAGGUUGAAGAUGAAGAUUAUUUUAACUUGAAGUUCCUUACAUUCACACUUCCUUCACAGAGUAUUCCUAAAGUUUUGCAUCAAUAAAAAUGAAUUUAGUGACUAGAAGUAAUCAUCUAUUCCUCAAGCUGGCCCAAACCAACUGGUAUCCUUGUUCUACCAGUUUUGAACAUUGCACUGGAAAUCUGCUAAUUGUCCGAUGGCGCAAAAUGCGUCUAGACCCUCCAAAUUUGAAUAAAAGGAUGAAAGUACCUUUCAAAAAUCCACUGGAGGAAGGCGAGCAGGAUGAAAUAAGCAGGCUUCAUCAAAUGAACAAUUUUAAGGAUGAAUCCUUGAGGAUUUACUUGAAAAAGCUGUACCACAAGGCCAUUGACAGCGCUGCUGCUGAAAUACGCGAGGCUGAUGAAGAAGAGCAGGAGCACCGUGAGAACAUGGAAUAUCUCAACAAGGAGAAUAAGAGGCUAGCAGCUGUCAGAGAAGAAAGGAUAAGGAAAGAGGUUGAUGAGAGGCUUGAGUAUGUGAUGCUCUCCAAGAUGCGGCAUAAUGAGAAAGCUCAGCGGCUACAUGAAGAAGCUCUCCAGGCUUUGCAAGAUGCUGAGGAGCUGGUCCAGUCUUUCAUACCUGCGGAUCGCAUUGCUGCUGCUUUAGAAGAGGCUUAUGACAACCCCGUGGACUACAACUACGCCAUCGACAGCAAGGGCUUCAUGUACCCUGGGCUCAAGACAAAACCCACAGACAUCGCCCCUGAGUUCCGACCGCAUCUUAAUGAUCCUGACGUCGCAAAAAUUGGGGCCAUUGAUUUGUCUCCCCUUCGUCAGAAACAUGCCGAAAAGGCUGCUAAUUAGAGGACAUGUUUUUUUAUGUAUAAUACAAAGAAAAUAAAAUACUGUACUGUGAAAA